ACUACUUAUUUGUCAAAAUUAGUUUCCAUACUUCGUUUUAAAUCAGCUAUUUUCAGCAGCAGGGUUCAUAUGCAAAACUCACUAUAGUUGCAAUGAAAUCGAAGCCACAUGUUGUUGUUGAACAAUAACAUGAGUGCCCACAGGGAGGAGUCAGAGGGGCCAUGGUCUCUUCUGGGAAUCCGCUUUGACUUUAAAGUUUGCAUAUUUAGCAUGCUUUUGUGUACAACUUUGAGAAUGUCUUAGGAUUUGUCCCCUCGUGAGAAAAUUGC